CUUUUCCCGAAGGAAAACAUCGAGUUUGCCGAGAGUAUCGAUGAGAAUGAGGUGAAAAUUCUUAGAGAGGUGUUCGAUAAGCAUUCAACGUUCGAUGAGGUCGGUGAGAUGAUUGAAGCAGCGGAGAAGAAGUCACCGGAACUUGGCAAGAGGAUGCGAGACGUACUAGCCAAAAACUGCGCACGAUUAGAAACCUUGAAUCCGGCGGGCAUCGAGUACAGUAAAAAGUGCAUUGCUUUCGUUACAAAGGUGAUGUGCCAUUUGACUCUUGGCAAGCAGUGUACGUUCGAUGAGGCAGAAAAGCUGCACAAAGCGUUCCAGGAGCUCUCGAGUGAAGACCAAGCAUUGCUGAGGAAAGCGCACCCGGAUGUUAAAUUUUGA